GCCAGCACUGACUGGACUACUUUUGUUAUAGGGCUCUUGUGUAAGGACACAAUUUAGAUAGGUAAGUUGUACAACCAAGUUUUAGUUUUAGUUUAAACUUAAUUAACAAUAACUCGCCGGAAAAACUAGUUUCAUUUUCAUGAGAAAAGCCAAAGGUCUGUUAUAUAUCCAGGAUGUACUAACUAUUUAUUUAAUGAAGAAUUGAUAAAAAAGUUAUUUUUGAAACCAACUUUUAAUUAGGUAUAUCUUCUCUAAAGUUAUGUAAAAUAAAACCCUCCGCACCUAACUUCCUAACUGCAGAUGUUUUAUAUUUUAUGGCCCCAUAAUAACACCAUUACUUAAAAAAAUCUUCCAAAGUGCUUCUUCGUCUUGAAUAUUAGCUAUAAUUAUAUGAAACACAAGUGUUCCUUGCACUUGCACAAGCCACAUGGGAGGAGAGCCGGGGCUAGUAAAAGUUUCGGUUCAAACUUUUACUCGAAGAGUAUGGGAGCUUGAAGUAACACAUCGGCCGCUAUUCGCGCGCAGAAAUUGUUAAGUUUGGUCGCGGCAAUGACGCGCUAUUUGUUUCUUUUUAUUUAACUUUUUAAUUUUAUCGGCAAAGGUACUAUUGUCAAACAGCCUAGUCAGUGAACGCCAUGGCAUAAUGGCCGUGUCACACCAAUGGUUUGUGCAGUGGAGCCCACCGGCCACUCUGUUCACAGAAAUCAAGCAGAAUUUUGGACACGUUGAGCCAGACUACGGUUACAAAUGGGAUUAUUCCGAUGCACCCAGGACUAGUGACCCGGUGAAAGUGUCAGUGGAUAGUGAUUAUGGACUCAGAACAUUUUAUAACCAUCGAGUGAAGCAUCGAUUUAGAAAUGGUUACAAUAAAAAAUAUGGUUAUAACUCGCCGGAUGCAACGAGAUCAGAGGAUGAUGCGCGCACGCGUGUGUCGGGGCUGGCGCUCUGGCUGGCCAUGCUGGGCGUGGCGCGCGCGCAGGUGGCCGCCGACGCCGACACGCCGCCCUUCACCACGCUCUACAAGUGGAAGCAGGUCGACUUCGAGUUCCCCACGCCUCAGCAUAGGCACCAUGCCUUGGUCACCGGUAAAUACGUCCCAUCCAACGUGCUCCCCCUGGGCCUGGAGGUGUGGGGCUCCCGCGUGUUCCUGACGUUCCCGCGCUGGCGGCCCGGCGUCCCCGCCACGCUGGGCAGCGUGCCGCGCGCCGGCGGGGUCCCCUCGCCCGCCGUCAAGCCGUACCCUAGCUGGGAGUACCACAGGUCGUUUUCAGAUGUUCUGAACUGCACCGGAUUGACAUCAGUGUUUCGAGUGAGCGCUGAUCUUUGCGGGAGACUGUGGGUCCUGGAUUCCGGCCAAAUCGACGUGCAAGACAACGCCAAGCAGAUCUGUCCCCCCAGCCUGCUGGUGUUUGACCUGAACACUGACAAACUGCUGGCUCGCUAUGUCAUACCUCAGGAGUACGUUCUGCAGAACUCGCUGUACUCAGCGCUGGUCGUGGAUGCAAGGCGACACGACUGCAGUGACCUGCACGUCUACAUGGCGGAUCCUUGGCGCUUCGGUUUGCUAGUCUUCAGGCAAAAAGACAUGCAAUUCUGGCGAUUCACCCAUCACCUGUUUUUCCCCGAUCCCAUUGCCGCUAACUUCACGCUUCACGACCUGAACUUCCGAUGGACUGACGGAAUCUUUGGACUGGCCCUUACUGAAGUUAAGGACGACCUAUCAGACCGAAUCCUCUUCUUCCACUCGCUGGCUGGCCACUUGGAAUUUUACGUUUCAACUGCCGCGUUGAAGAAGCAGGAAAUGGUGAACAAUAGUAUGAACGAGUUUAAUAUAGUGGGGGAGAGAGGGCCGCUGGGGCAGGCCUCGUCCUCGGCCGUGGACCGCCGUGGGGUCAUGUACUUCGGGCUCGUCAGCCGGGACAGCGUGGGCUGUUGGGACACCAGGAAACCCUUCCAGAAAGGGGCUUUAGGCAUCGUGGCACAGAACACUGAGACAUUGAUUUUUCCUAACGACAUCAAGAUAGAUCAGGGGUCUAACCAGAUUCUGUGGGUGAUAUCGAACCGCCUGCCAAUGUUUCAGGCGAAGCAGUUGGAUCAGGAUGAGUAUAACUAUCGGUUGUUGUUUGUGAGUACGGAGGAGGCGGUCCGAGGCACGGUGUGCGACCCUCAGGUGUCGUUCACUCCCCCGCAGGAGGUCAUAUCUGGGCACAAGACCGGCUGGUGGCCGUCUAUACUGUAGACUACAUCUGGAAUUAUCUACAACUAAAACGUUGUAAUCUGGGUUUGCAACUUUGCAGUCAUGCUGUGCUUGCCAUAUUUAAUCUAAGGUGCAUGAUGAAUACUUUUUUAGUCACAAUAAAAUUUAUAUUGAAAUAUA